AGAUAUUGUUUUAUUCUUGCUGCUUAAUUUAAGGGAUUUAGUUCAUGUAAAAUAGGAAAGGUGUAAAUAUGAGAUUUCCUAUUUUCUAUUCCUAAUUAUAGGCUAUAUAAUUCUUGUACAUGUUCAAUAAAACAUAUAUCAAUCAGAGAAAAAAUAUUCUUCUGAAAUCAAACUUGGUACCAGAGCUAGGUCUAAACCUAGUGCCAUGAGCAAAUCAGAUUCCGAAGAUGUUGAAAUUGAAACAUCAAAAAGGAAUCAUGAAAUCUCUACCACUAAGUCUGCUCCUGCUCCAAUUAUUAUUCAGUCAGAAAGUUCAACCUUCAAUGCAGGGAUUAUACUCAAUGAAACGAAUUAUGACAUGUGGUCUCAGAUUAUGGAGAUGCAUCUUGCCGAAAAGGAAAAGCUAUCAUUUGUUCGUGGUAACACUCAACCCCCCACAGAAAAAGAUGAUGGAUACGAGAAGUGGUACACCGACAAUCAGAAAGUUAAACGGUGGCUGCUGAUGUCUAUGUCUCCAGAUAUUAUGAAGCGGUAUAUUCGCCUAAAAACUGCCCGAGAUAUUUGGAAAGCUUUAUCAAAGGCCUUUUAUGAUGGAGCAGAUGAAUUGCAAGUUUUCACAUUGAAUCAAAGGGCUUUCUCUUCCAAACAGAAUGGAAAAUCAGUUUCUGUUUAUUAUGGAGAAUUGGUUGAAAUUUUCAGCGAACUGGAUCAUCGGGACAAGGUGAUUAUGGAAUGUGAAAAAGAUGUUGCAGCUUAUCACAAGUCAGUUCAGCGACAACGAGUGCACAUAUUCCUUGCUGGUUUGGAUGGUGAAUUCGAACAGAUCCGUGGUGAAAUCUUGCGCAAAGAUCCGGUUCCUGAGUUAGAAGAAUGCUACUCAAUGGUCCGCCGCGAGUUUGUUCGACAAACAACAAUGAGUGGAGAAUUUGAGAAGCCUGAGGCUUCAGCCAUGGUGAGCAGGAACAAAACAAACCAAAAUGUUUUUUCUCAAAAACAAGAUCGGACAAGGAGCAACAAGUCCAACCUUAAGUGCACUCAUUGUAAUCAAUCUAGUCAUACUAGAGAUCGUUGUUUUGAGCUUGUAGGAUAUCCAGAAUGGUGGGAUCAUAACCGUGACCAGCGAAAGAAGCAUCCAGACAGAAAUUCCGCUGCUGCAAUUGUAGAAACAAAGACUGAUCUGGAAGAUGCUGCUGGGAAAAGCUCGGCUUUGAUAACAACAGGAGGUAAUGGUGGACAUCCAAACGAAGCGGACGAUUGGUUAUGGUACUAGACAAGGGAAUCUGUAUUACCUGAACUUGGAGCCGCAUAGCUCAACUCAAUUACAACAAGCCUUGACAACAGACAGUAUUGAAGAAAAAGGGAGAAAAUCAGAGAUUUGGCUAUGGCAUCGACGUUUGGGGCAUG